AUGAGCGACCCGGUGAUGGCGGCCGAUGGGCACGCGUAUGAGCGGUCGGCCAUCGAGCGCUGGCUCGCGACCAAGUCGACCAGCCCUCUGACGGGCGAGGAGCUUGGCAAUACAGGGCUCUUCCCCAGCCACAUCCUGCGCCGUCAGAUCCGAGAGUGGCAGGGGGCGCAGCGCCGAAGGGCGAACAAGAACUAUGUGAAAUAG